UUGUCUCCUCUUUGUUCCCGUCCUCUGCGCCUCGGCUCGGUCCGGGUCCGGGUCCCGGUUCUGUUGGGAGAAGAAGAACAACAACAAAAACAAGAAGAAGAAGAGGAAGAAGAAGAACCGUUGGAAAGUUUGCGCCUCGUCCUGCAGAGACUGAACUUGGAGGAGGAGGAGGAGGAGGAAGAGGAGGAUCCUGAAGGAGACACUCGGACUCGGACUCGGACGCACAUGGAGCGGCUCCGAGUGCGCACCGCCCCGCUGCGUCCUGACCCGGUCCUGACCCGGUCCUGACCCGGUCCGCUGCGUCCUGACCCGGUCCCCUCGGACUGAGGAUGAAAGUUUGGGGCCGUCGGUACCGGACGAACCUCUGGUGAAGUGAAGUGGAUUACUGCGAUGGCUCCGUCUGCUCCGUGGAUGUAAACCGAACCAGUCACCCCGAGUUUCAUGUGCUUCGGCCCUGGUCCUGGUCCUGGUCCUGGUCCCGGUCCUGAUCCCGGUCCUGGUUCUCCUCCCUGGUGCCACAGAGCUGAAGAAGAGUCGCGCAUGUCCGCUGCGCCGCUGCGCAUGGAGCGCGUCGGGCUGCGGCCGCCGCCGCUGCUGCUCCUCGGCCUCCUGCUCCGGUUCUGCGCCUCCUCCGUCACCGACGACCGGCUCAUCUCGGACCGGUACGCGGUCUACUGGAACAGCUCGAACCCCAGGUUUUUCCGGGGCGAGUACACGGUGGAGGUGGCAAUCAACGACUACCUGGACAUCUACUGUCCUCACUACGAGGGGGCGGAGUCAGCCGAGCGCAUGGAGCACUACGUGUUGUACAUGGUGAACUACGACGGCUACACGACCUGCGACCACCACAGGAAGGGCUUCAAACGCUGGGAGUGCAACCGGCCGCAGAGUCCCAACGGACCGCUCAAGUUCUCCGAGAAGUUCCAGCUCUUCACGCCCUUCAGCCUGGGCUUCGAGUUCAGGCCGGGACACGAGUACUACUACAUCUCGUCGCCGCAUCCAAACCUGGCUGGGAAACCGUGUCUGAAGCUCAAAAUCUACGUCAAACCAACCAACGACUCGGUGUACGAGUCUCCGGAGCCUUUCCUGACCGACGACACCACCGGCGGCUGCAGCCUCGCUCUGCCGUCCGCCAUGUUGCUCUCGCUCCUGCUCGUCCUCCUCCUCGCCUCCUCAUAGCACCUCCUCCUCCCUCCAGCUGGGCCGAGCUCCGUCCUCCAGCCGGAGGCAGGAAACAAAUCCCACUCCCUCUUCCUGCUGCACCAAUCAGAGGUGGCCGAGGUGGGCGGUGGGAGGAGCCUGGAGCGGCGAAUCAGCUCCAUGUGGAGUUUCUGCUAAAAAGACAAAUAAAACUGUUCCAGGGGGACGACAGCUGAAAGAGAAGAAGCUCAAUAUUGUGCAAAUUAAGUGCAAAGUGUUGGUGAUAAUCUAACAGGUCCACAACAAGCUAACAAGCUAACGAGAUGAACCCCUCUGCUGAUAACAUGUUCCUGAUACCAGAGGUUUCAUGGAUUCUGAUCUUAUGCCAAAACGUUUCCAAAGACAUUUUUCUACAGAACCCUUUUCAAAUUGACCUGAGACCUUUGCAGUGGUUUAAAGUUUAGCCACUAACUACAAAUCUUUAGAUUAUUAGAUUACACGCAUUUGUUUUGUGAACUCACAAAUUCAGUUAACGAAUCUGAGAUCCAGUCUGGUUGGUUCAUUUUACCAACAUUUACAAGCAACUUUUCCUAAAACUUCCUCAAAUUUAGCUUUAAAUUAUGAGAAUACUUUCAAGAAACGUCCCGAUAAAUUACAUAGAAAUGUUUUACUACAGCAGCUGCUAUCGGCUCCGUGUGUUUCAGCCUGAAUCAGCUUCAUUUGAAAAUAAACUGGGUGAAUCCUGGAAAUGACAGAACAAGCUAACGCAGCUCAGUGGAUGUUGGACAUGGAGGGAUGUGGCGUCUCAGCCAAAUACGACACAAAUCAAAGAGUCGGUGUCGAAACAAUCAGAGCGAGAACGGAUUUCACUUCCAUCUCUGACGGAGGUAAAAGACUUUAGAGAUUUAUCUCUGAAACACGGUUCAAACAGAGACUGAACUCAUCCACCACGUCUCGUGAUCAGAUUUCAUCUCAGCGCUGGACGUCAUCGACAGAACAUCAUCAUCUUCAUCGUGGUCCAGUCUGCAUGGACACCAGCACAGAGGAAACCUUCCCCCCGACGAUUACAGCCUCAGAACCCACAAACAUCCAUCUACAACAUGACGUCACAUUAGGUCCGAUAUCUGUGGCUGUUUAACCCUUUUAUAGGAACCAGGAACCAUGUGUGGUAACGUGGUUCCUGGUUCCUCUCAGUGAGGUUUAGUGUCAUGUGGUUUUCAUUGAGCCAAUCAGAGAAGAUCAAGGAAACAUUGUCAGGUCUAAUCAGGGUCUAAUGUGGUCUACAAGGUCCCCCCUCUGAACUGGUUUAUCAGGAACCAUGAAGAAGAACAAGUGUCCUAAUGUUUCUAAUGUGAUGAUGUUGACAAGUGUCUGAUUUCCUAUGAUAAGAGUAUUUCAAUGAGAGGCCUAGAAAGGCUUAAGUUACAAACAUUAAAAUUAGCCCUUUAAGUCCUCUAAGCUAACACAACAUCGAGGUUAACUCCACGCUAACGAGAAUCUUUACUUAUAACGUUCAAGACAUUAAAUCCAGUUCUUGAUGCUAAUGGGACAUAAAGCUAAAUCUAAGCUAACAGGCACUUAAGGCUAAUUUGAGAUUGAGGCUAACUCUAGGCUAAGAUGUCCUCUAAGCUAACGCAACACUGAGGCUAAUUCCACCCUAACGAGAUGUGUUGUUCAUAGCUUAAAGACAUUAAAACAAGUUCUUGAUGACAUAACCAUAAAGUUAACGUCCUUGAUGCUGACAGGACAUAGAGGCUAACGCUAGGCUAUGGAGUCUAAGUGUCUGAAUCAGCUCUGAUGUUCUAAUGUGACAAAUACAUGUUUACAUUAGUUUAAGGACCAGGAACCAGAUAUGAGACCAGGAACCAGAUAUGAGACCAGAACCAGAUAUGAGACCAGGAACCAGAUAUGAGACCAGAACCAGAUAUGAGACCAGGAACCAGAUAUGAGACCAGGAACCAGAUAUGAGACCAGAACCAGAUAUGAGACCAGGAACCAGAUAUGAGACAUUCUGGAUGUUAUACAUGAAAAGUAGAAAUUUAGAAAAAUUUCACAAAGUAAAACAGUUUUCUGACGUCCUGCGAUCAAACUCUAGGGUUGGAUUUGAAAGUUUUCCAAUAAGUGCCCUAUAAAGGUUUAAGUUAACUUCACAGAUGUACAUAAGAACCUAACGUACAGGUGGUGGACGGGAUGAGCUAACAUAGCUAGCGUAAAUAAAACGUACAUUAUUCGCUAUGUCAGCUUUUACUUCCCAUCCACAACUGUCAAACUGUUCAGCUCGAAUCAGCCGGUUUCUGUGACUGUAAUCGUCGUCUGUUUGUGAUAAUUAAAAAUAGUCUGUUUCCGCUCUGUGUCUCAUCCAGCUCCUCUCAGCCGACGGCCUUUUCUUUCUGUAAAUCUGCCAAAGACUCUUCAAUUUUUCUAUUCGACGCUUCUUUAGAGGCGGCUAACAGCAGCUAGGGGUCAUCUUUGCUCCGCCCACUAAAGAUACAGGGGAGGGGACUUUCAAGGGGGAGGAGUCUUUUCUUUUUUGCCGCCUUGUUGAAAAAAACAAAACAAAAAACAACCGAAUGUCAAAAAUGGCCUUUUCUUCCCACUGGUGCUGAAUUUCUAAGACUGACGAACAGCGACGCCGUGUGGUCGGGUGAAGCUUUUCAUCAGAUCCACACUUUGUUCUCUUCAUCUCUUCAUGCCAUCCCUCCAUCCCACCGGUGGAGGGCAAGCGUGUCCCUGUGAGUGGACGAGCAGGGGCAUGCUGGGAAAUGCAGUAUAUCUAUAUCGUUAGCCUCAUAGCAUAAUGGCCUGAGUCAUAUUUGAACAGAAAACAAGGAAAAACACAUUUAGCUGGUGUUUUUUAUUGAUAACGUGACAGAAAGUCACAUAAUGACUUGGGUAAUUAUGCUGUUAUGCUAAGAAUAUAUCAGCGACCGCACUGUGACCGAGGACAGACGGACGUGUAGCGCAUGGACUCAGCAAAGAGCAACAGAUGUAGAACUUGUUCAUUUUUAUUUGGGUUUUGUGCCAUUUUUGUUUGAAAUGAGAAAAUUCAUAUGAGAUAUGAAUCAGUCGGAGGAAGGAAGCGCUCCGAUGUUUGUUUGUUGUUGUUAUUGUUGUCGUUGUUUUGUUCCUGCUUGCAUCACAAUGCAUUCUGGUCUCUGUAGUCCUGUACAUUCUGCUUCUGUUGGUGGUUCAUGGUUCGGUGGGUUUUCAUGUGAACGAAAUCGUGUUUUUCUGCAGCGUAAGAAUUAAAGAAGGAAGGAAAAUUUACAGAAAAUGUUCUGAUAUUUUUUUUGGUUUUGUUCGUUGUUUUGAGAGGGAGUGAGACGUCCCUGCUGUCUCUGGUUUACAACGUCUCUGAUGUUUUUCUACAUCCAAAUGUCUGCAUAUUAUAUUCUUUGAAAGACAAAAAAAUCUGUUUUUUGUAUAUUUUCUUAUUGGAUGCUUAUGAAGUCCAGUUGUAAAGAAUGCAUUUAUCUGAUUGGCUGAAGAGCCAGUGGGGGUCAGAGGUCACCAGGCCUCUUUACGGACAUUUCCUUUCGCCUGCGCUGCAUGAGCAGGAAGAAGCAAAACUGCAGUUUACUGAAUCCAUUCGAAGAAGAGAGAAAAUGUUAAAUAAAAUAGUGUAUGAAUCUGUGUUUGAUAAAUUCACCACCAAUAAAUAAAUGAAAAAAAAAAAAGUUCCACCAAAGAUGUUUCUUCUGCUUCGUUCGUCCACAGAGAAAAAAGACAACAAAAAAACAUGAAAACCCAAAAUAAUGU